AGUGACACCCAUGAGCCUAGCAAAGCAUUAUUGGAGAAAUUUCUUUAUAUUCUUCCCCACGUCUUGAGUCUGCUCGUACGACCCGAGCCGGACGAGAUGAAUAGUUGGGCGUGGCUUCUAAAGAAAUGGGUUGUCGAAGUUGGCUUGCAUAAUGGACGUUCAUGA